GAAUUCUGAACUCGGACAUCGCUCAAGCGAAAGAUCCGAAGAAGCUUCCAGUAGAAUGGGACUACUUAGAAAUCCUCGAAAAGACGAACGCCGGUUUGCCGAAUUUCUAGUAAACGCUUCAAUUCCAAUAAUCGAAUAUGUUUGCGAGAACAAUGGAAGUCACCUCUUAGAUGGGGUCGAAAGUCUCGAUGCAAAAGAGGAUAUUAUAGAUGUCUGUUUCCUCGACGAUUCAACUUCCACUGAAUCCACUGAGGCCAACGGCACCAGUGCCGAGAUUCGAAGACAUGAGAUUUUCCUAACUUCUGUCGUAGAUCUAGAAAGUUGCACCAAGUUCGAAACUACACAAAAUUGUGUCGUCGGAGAGUUGAACGGAUGCACGCAAAGGACGACUUCGAACCUCGUCAAUUCCAUCUUGAAUAUUGUCAAGAAAGAAUUAGGCUGUGAAGCGCUACUCAAUAAAAUACGUGCAGGAUAUACUACAAAUCAACACUCUGUAUUGGAAUUUGAAUUUUUUGACAGGCAGAAUUUAUGUCUGAAGUGAUGCAUAUUUGUAAAGCGGAAGACCCCAGAGACCGGAGUUCGACCGGCGAAGAAUAAAAACAACGUGUCUGUGAGUUGUAGCAUCGUAUAUAAUCAUUCUGAAAGACAAAUCGGUCUGCUUUGUAGAAAAAUGAAGAUUCUCAUUGUUCUUGGGAUUUUUUUGAUUGCUGCAAUCCAAAACGCCAACAUCGUUCAAGCGGAAGAUCCAAAGCCUGCACCUGGCAUAAAGCUGCGUUGGGUCAGUUUUCUUAAGACGAAGUUUCACCAUUUCAAUGGAAAAGAUAGUGACAUUGACGAUCAACAGAUAGAAAUAAAGUGCAACAAUAAUGGUGGACCCAGCGCGUACAAUACUAUCCGUCAAGGCAUGGAACGCUUUCGAAUUUCUAUUGACUCCAUAAUAAACAGUAUAAACACUACCGUUGAUGGGCAAACGGAGAAGGAUUUCGCAGAGGUUUGUCGUUCUAUGCAGAGUGUAAAUGACUUGCUAAACUCGACCGCGAACACAAUCAAACCUUGCUUGAACCUGAUGGAACGCCGGGAUCUCGAUUUGAACGUGAACGUUUCAUUUUCAACAGUGGACUAUGUUUGCCAGAACAAUGGAAGUUCCCUCUUCGAAUUUUACGCGACCAAUGCAGUUGAAUGUUUGAACGAGAAAUUGAAUGAUUUACAUGAUGAUUGUACAGCCAACAAUUCAGUUUUUAAUCAUUUCACCACCCACAUUGAUAAUACUAAUAUUCCACUGGUAUUCAGUCCUCCAACAGCCACCAUACAGGCGAUCUUGUGCACUGAUAUAGAUAGAGCGCAAAAUUGUUCCGUUAGAAGGUUGAACGAGUGCAAACAAAAGAGAGCUUCGAAAUUCGUCAACACUUUUUGGAAUAUUUACAAAAAGGGAUUAGGGUGCGAAACGAUACUUAAAGGGAUUGCAGCAAAUACUACUGCAAACAGUCCGUAAAUGAGUGAUAUGCUAAAAUAGCAUGCCAUCAUCCCUAAUACUGCAACAAGUACUAGAUAAGUAUAUGCUACUAGUGGUUCCUGUUCUUCGGGAAAUGAAAAUGUCAUCCCACACUAGAUGUUUUAAAUAAAAUUGUUCUGAGGAG